GAAUAUAUGAUAUUACACGCAUAAGCGCAUGAGCGCCGCUAAAUAAAUUUACAAUAAUAUAUAUCUCGUUCGUCGCUUAUAACCCCUCGCUUGCAUACUCCAGCAGAUUUCAAUCGGUUCGCAACCGGCACAGUCGCACUUCAGAUAUACGCUGAGCAAUUAUAAAUAUCGUAUAUCUAUAUAGUUGAAAAGUUUGCAUAGUAGGGUGAGUCCGCGGAGUGCAGACGAAGAGUUGUUAGCUCCAGUUUAUAAGUGUAUUUUGAGGAUUUUGCGACCGUUCGAAUAUCGAAUCGACGAUGACAGAGACUAAUGGAGAUCAGAUUUUAGCGGAGGCUCUCAAGGAGCAGGGUCUCCGUUACGUGUUUGGCAUAAUGGGCCAUCCGGUGAUCGAGCUGGCGCUGUCGAUGCAAGCAGCGGGUCUACGCUAUCUCGGCUUCAGGAACGAACAGGCCGCUUGCUAUGCUGCCCAGGCUUACGGAUACUUGACCAAAAAGCCGGCAGUGGUCCUAUGCGUGUCCGGACCAGGACUGUUACACGUAAUCGGCGGUAUGGCCAAUGCCCAAGUUAAUUGUUGGCCAGUAUUAGUCCUUGGCGGCUCGUGUCCCCAGGAUCACGAGGGUAUCGGCGGCUUUCAAGAAUGUUUCCAAGUCGAAGCAUGUCGUCCCUACUGCAAGUACUCGGCUCGACCGCCGUCUGCCAACCUCAUCCCUCAACACGUGGAGAAGGCCGUGAGACUUGCCACUUACGGACGGCCAGGUGCGGCCUACUUGGACCUACCGGCAACGUUGCUAAAACAGCGAGUCGACGGCAGUCAAGUGGUAAAAGUACUGCCGGUUCCAGAGCCACCUCUGAUUUUCCCCGAUGUCAGACUGAUCGAGGAAGCCGCAGACCUCAUCGUUCGCGCUAAAAAGCCCCUUAUAAUUACCGGAAAAGGUGCAGCGUACGCUCGCGCAGAAUCGCAAGUGCGCGAACUGGUCCGCUCGACGGAUCUACCAUUCCUGCCGACACCGAUGGGUAAGGGUGUGGUACCGGAUACCGAUGCACACUGCGUUUCCAGUGCCAGGUCAACCGCACUGCUUCAGAGCGACCUGGUACUCCUUCUUGGAGCUAGGCUUAACUGGAUGCUCCACUUUGGCAAACCGCCUAGAUACCAGGCUAACGUCAAAAUCAUUCAGGUGGAUAUUUGCGCAGAAGAACUGCACAAUUCCGUGGCGGCCACUGUCGCGAUUCAAGCGGACAUCGCUCCGGUAGCCGAAAUGUUGACAAAAGCACUGAAUAAUAGGAGGUACCGCUUGUCUAAAAACGAUCCCUGGUGGAAGGAAUUAGAUAACAAAGGAAAGAAAAACAAGGAGAUCGUUGAUAAAAUGAGCUUAGAUAUGAGAGAGCCUCUGAACUAUUAUGCAGUUUUCAAAGUAAUCCAAAGCUUGUUACCAGAGAACUGCAUAAUUUGCUCUGAAGGAGCCAACACCAUGGAUAUUGGUAGAACGAUGAUCUUGAACAACCUGCCAAGACACAGACUCGAUGCUGGUACAUUUGGUACCAUGGGUGUGGGAUUAGGUUUUGCUGUUGCCGCUGCUCUCUACUGCAAGGACAGUCAUCCAGAAAAAAGAGUUAUCUGUAUUGAGGGAGACAGUGCUUUUGGAUUCUCUGGCAUGGAAUUGGAGACUAUGUUUAGAUAUAAGCUACCAAUAAUUAUUAUAAUUGUAAACAAUAAUGGAAUUUACGGAGGAUUUGACAGUGAAACUUAUGAUAUCAUUAGAUCUUCUGGGGAUGUAUCAGAUGUAACACCACCUAAUACAUUGACCCCAGAAGCUCAUUACGAGAAUAUGAUGACGCUUUUUGGAAAGAAGGGAUACUUUUGUAAAAAUAUUUAUGAAAUUAGAGCAGCUUUAAUGACUUCUUUAAAGGUGCAAGAUUCUCCUAGUCUCAUAAACAUUAUGAUCAACCCUCAAGCUGAUCGAAAAGAACAAGCAUUCAGUUGGUUGACUGAAUCCAAACUGUGAUAACCUGUCCACUUUUUUUGAAUAAUUGAUAUGUCAGUAAUAUGGAAUAAUUCUUUUAUACGGUUGUUUUAAUAAAGUUGAUUUUCUUAAAAAAAUA